AUGACUGUUUGAUAGAAAGAGAUACUUCACAUCAUAACCAUUGCAUUGUAAACAUGGCGUCGCUUUUAGAUUGCAUGCUUGUGAUCCUGGGGUUGCUAUUAGACUAUGCAGUCUUAUUUGUAGCCGGCCUUCAGUGCUACGACUGUCACAAUGUAACCGACGUAAACUCAUGUGUCCAAACGGUAACAUGUUUACCAAACCAGUCGUGUUACAUGGAGGCAAGGCAACAGACUCUUACGCAAUGGACCUAUAGUUUAUCGUGCCAAGACAACAAUCAUUGUGGUCCAAUGCGCUCGUCCAGAUCUAACACUGGUACAUCUGCUGGUUACCUGAGCAAACUGCUUAUCAGGCGUGAUGCUACUACGUGUAACGAAUGUUGCUCGAAAGACUAUUGCAACACAAAUCUGUGCAAUCACAAAUCGCCAUCCACUUGCGCCGACGACCAGUCAAUGGACUGUGCGAGGAUGAAUUCUAUAUUUAGCGUGUGUACUGAUGUUCACAAAGCCAAACUGGUUUGUCCAAAGUUCUGCAACCUGUGUAACAUAGUGGAUGGAAACUGGAAUGUGUGGUCAAGUUGGAGUGUCUGUGACGUCACAUGUGGAACAGGAACACAAACACGCCAUCGAACGUGCACCAAUCCUGCUCCAGAAAAUGGCGGCCUUAAUUGUGUCGGAGAGGCGUUGGAUAUUAAAACAUGUAUUCUUGAUCGGUGUCCAGUUCACGGUGGGUGGAGUCAGUGGUCACCAUGGGGAUCGUGCUCAGCCACGUGCGAUGUUGGUAUGCAGCGGCGGGACAGGUCGUGUUCUAAUCCGUACCCUUCCCUUGGUGGAGAUCACUGCUUCGGAGACUCAAGAGAUGAUAUGAUAUGCUACAUGCCAGGAUGCACAAACGGAAAAUGGUCUUCUUGGCAACCUUGGAGCUCGUGUUCGGCCACGUGUUUUGGAGGUCAUCGAAAUAGAUACAGAGUAUGCAGCAACCCAUACCCGUCACUUCUGGGUCACUAUUGUGAGGGUUCCAACCAAGAAAUGGACUUUUGCAAUCUAAUAUCAUGUGGAGACGGCGGUUGGUCGGCAUGGCAAAGCUGGAGUUCUUGUUCUCAAACGUGUGGAGGAGAAAAAACUCGGAUAAGAGCGUGUGAUAAUCCGCCGCCUUCUUUCCUCGGACAUUAUUGCAGUGGUUCACGUGAAGACAGGGAGGCGUGUAAUAAUCUGUCGUGUGUUUUUUCCGGUUCUAAUGCUGCAGCUGGUAGUGCUAUUGAUCCGUCCGCCAGCCAAUCCUCCGCAAAUCAAUUCCUCAACCCUCCAAAGUUCAAUCCGAAUCAGUCAUAUCCCGUACAAGACUUUUAUACAAGCCCACCACUGUCUUGGAGCUCUUGGCAACAAGGACCAGAUCCAUUCGGUCCUCAUGGUCCAGAUCCAUUCGGUCCUCAUGGUCCAGAUCCAUCGGGUCCUCUUUAUUCUGCCGUUGGCAAGAGGCAGUAGAAAUACUAGUGUACGAUGUGAUCAUGUAUUGGUCUGUUGAACCAUAAACUUUCGUGUCUUUUUAA